UUAUUGCGGUUUCAAAAACACGCUUUUUGUCAACUAUUAAUUUCCUAUUGAAACGUGGAAUAAAUUUGCUAACUAACCAAUAAAAUUUUUGAGAAGGAAGUUGUCAAGAAAGGCUAAACCGGUUCCUUAAAACCAAAAAACGGUAAAUUUACAUCUCAGAAUAAUAUUUUCAGUUUCCCCUAAUUUCGACCCUAUACUUUAUAGAUUUAUUUGCAGUCCCAAAUUUUUUCCAAGAAGUUGAAAUUAAGUACCCUAAUAAUUUAAUAUUUAUCUGGUUUUUAAAAAGUGUUACUGUAUAUCUAUAACAGAUAAAAUCUAAGAUUAAUAUUUUUUCCAUUUCAAAUUAAACAUCUAGAUAAAUUUUUUAAUUAUAUAUCAUAGUUUUUCACUAAUUUAUCUUUUAUGUAAAUUUAAAAUUAUAAAAAUUUAUAAUCAAAUACAAAUAAAAUUAAAGAUUUAACUAUUUUCAGUUUGUGUAAAAAUAUUUAAAGACAACUAAUUUAAACCCGAAGUAGUUAACUGCAUUAGUCUCAUUGUCUGGAAAAAAUAACAGAAAAAAACGAAAUAAAAACAGACUUUAGGGGCACAUAUGAAACAGAAUAAAGAUAGCGGAUACUUCGUUCGCUUUUCCUACAACCUAUAAAUUUGACGCAACUUGGGAACGAAAUCUUCAUCAUCAUUUGUCUACAUCUCUUCUCUCUCUUCACGAGAAAGAGAACAAGAAAAAAUAAAAAAAUAAAGAUAAAAAGAUCAUUCAAGAAUGGGGAAAUACACGGAGAUGUUGGAUGCAGGGGUGAGAAUAGCGGCGAGGUUUCAUUCUCACUGUCCUCAGACGGCGCGUCUCUAUUACCAUCCUCCUUCCGACAGCCAUCAUCACCAUCAUGGUGUCACCGAUUUAAUGGGAGGUGGAGUUUUGGGUGGGUCGGGUCAAGAUUCUACCGGGUUGGUUGGUGAGUUAGGAGGAUCCGGAACUGCUUCUGGUUGCGGCCUCAAGGCUUCUCAAGGUCAAGGGUCUGAAGAUGCCAGGGAUCUCUUGUUAUUCUCUGUUGUUUGAUUGAUUUAUCACAAAAAAAUAAUAUAAAUAUUAUAGAAUUAUUAUAACUUUUUUGGUUGAAGAAGAGAUUUGAUGAGCCAAUGUUUUGAUAUUUUCAAGUUUUUUUUUCUGUUGUUUUAUUAUUGCAAAAAAUGUUCCUAUGAAUUUUGUGAUACAUUGUAACAAUCUCUGGAUUCCAAAAAGUUAUUGGAUGUUAAUGAGAAUUUGAUUAUUAUUUUCUUUG